AGUAAUCCGAUUAUUCGUCUAUUAACCAUUGCUACGCGCGGCAAAAUUCCACGUCCUCCACAAAAUGCUACACCUCCAGCGCGGCAUUCGACCUAGAUGGCACGUUCAAGUUUCGGAACGUCGCUGUCAUUUCAACCAGAGAUUGACCACAAUUCAAUGCACAAAUCGUCAAUUAUCUCCCAGCUCGCUCCAAACCGUCCAAGCUCUGGCUGAUGCCCACAACGGGCACAACACUGUACACCUUCUCAAGGCAUAUAGAUUGAAAAGGCUUCGGGACGAAAGUGGGAUACCAUUCGAGAAGAUGAUGUUCAUUGGCGAUGCAAUCUUUCCAGGCGGGGACAACUACCCUGCCAAGCAAGGUGGCCUCAGAAUAAUCUGUAUUAAAGACCUCGACGGGACUUUGGCAGUGAUUGCGGCGAUCGUGAACCGUUUGUCAAUAUAGAAACUGUAGUCUGGUAGACAAGAGCAUUGUUGAGAGAUGGUACGCUUCACCAAAGAAUGUGACGUUGGAAACAUGCAUUCAAUUGUCUCCAGCUUGAUCUUCACACCCUCCUGGUUUCGCGGCGGUGUCGGUUUGCAGAUGCGGAGGGCACGUCACGGAGAAUACUGUACCGGUGGAGUCGCG